GAAUCGAGGGCCGAGAUGGAGCUCCGAGGCGUCGGGUCCGCGACUCGCCCAAUUCGUCAGGUGGGAAAUUCCCCCUUUCUACGUCACGUGGGCUUUUUCAACGACGCGCGGCUCCCCCAAUUUGACCACGUUUUUGGAAUGCCGCCGCGCUUUUAUACCCCCAAAUCUCCGCGCCGUAAACGCACUGGCUUAAUAAAGCUGACAAAUUGGAGAGCAGCGGCCAUGGAGAUGGAGCCCUUCGUGCCCUUCCCCGACGAGUACUUCCACGGCGGCGACAGCAGCCUGUUCUGGCCCUUGUCGCCGGACCUGCUGCAUUUCGAUUUCCCCACCGCCGCCGCCUCCGCCUUGUCGGACCUCUUGCCGGAGUUUGUUCCCCCACCGCCGGAGGUUCAUCGAAGUGCAUUCCGGAGGUACGAAGGAGAGCAAAUGUCGGAGUGCUCGAUCUCGGGGGCAGGCACCGGCGGCGGGAACAUGCACCGGCGGGUGGUGGAGAUGCUGAAGAGGAUCUCGAAGGCGGAGGAGCAGGCGCCGAGCCCGGUGGCGAAUAGCCGCGGAUUCCGGCACAUGAUGAGGGAGCGGCAACGGCGGGAGAAGCUCAGCGAGAGCUAUGCGGGUUUGUACUCCAUGAUCGCCUCCAAAUCAAAGAGCGAUAAGAACUCGAUCGUUCAAUCGGCGACUCAGUAUUUGCGAGAGCUGAAGGAGGUGAAGCAGGCGCUUCAGAAGCGCAACGAGGAGCUGACGGCGCGGGUUCUUGGGAGCGAUGAAGUGGCGACUAUCAAAAUUAGGGUAGAGAAUCCUUCUUCUCCCAUAGAAUCCAUGAUCGGGGCUCUUCGAUGCUUGCAGAACUUGAAUGUGACGGGCAAAGCCAUUCACUCCGAUCUCUCCUGCUCGGAGUUCUCAGCCACCGUGAGCAUCGAUACCAAGAUUGAGACGGCUGACGUGGAGAAGGCCGUGGGAGAAGCUCUGAUGGGAGUAGAGAAGCAGCAGCUUCUUGGAAUCAGCUCUUGGCCACAGAAAUGUCACGUGGAAAUAUAAUAUCUUUUAACCACAUUUUUCACAUGUUUUCAUGUUUGUUUUUUUGCAUGCCUGGUCAGCGCCCCUACUAAGUGCCCGUUGUCUUAUUUUGAUCAUUUUCAUUAAAGAAAUGCUGCAGGUUGACGGGGUCAUGCACGUUUAACAUGUUUGUAUAUAACAGUCAACCGUAAAGCAAAUGGACGUUCUAGUUUAUCCUUAAAAGAUUGUCUCUUUUUUUUUCCA